AUGGAUAAAAUUACAACCUAAAAUCUAAAAUGCACUAAACAUUCAAAUAAAGAUUUUUAGUUUGUCUAAAUUAAUGAUGUAAUAUCUCAAUCCAGCUCCAAAAAGCCUCUUUUCUACUGUUCUUCUUGUAUCAAUGAUGAUUUUGAAUUCAAAGCAAUCAACUAUUUAUUAAUAGAUCAGAUUAUUUAAGAAACAGACAGUAAAAUUAUCCCAAAAUGGCCACCCGUCAAUGACUACCAUAUCAUUUAAGAUCUCAUCGAGUUCACGUCAAAUUAAUCUUAAUGUGACUACGUAAAAUAAAUAACAGAUUUCUUUAAUCAGUUCAAAGAAGAGAUUUUAGCAAAAAUAGACAUAAUCUAAAAAAAUAUGAUCAAUGAAGCUCUAAAAUAUCCUAAUCAUAGCUAAGUUAUUGAAAGAUAUUAAGAAAUAUCAAAAAUAUCAGAAUUUAAGUAGCUUCUAAACAACAACAACAACUAAGAAACUAGUAUUAUAGAAGAAAAUUUAACUCUAUUCAGAGAAUUCAUCUCAUAAAUUGAGUCUUAGAAAGAUUAAAAUACUGAAUAAUUGUAGAACCUACUUAGUUAAGCCAAUUUUUUAGAAAAAAAUUUUAAUUUAAACAGACCAAAUAUCAUGAAAUAAUAAAUAUUUGCAUGUAUAGAUAAUAUUUCUUUCUUUAAAAAUGAUUUAUCUUAAGAUAUGAUAAAUAAAAAUAGUGAAAACAAUUAAUAAGCGAACAUUAAUAAUUAAAAUAAUAACAGAGCCUAGAAAAUGAGUGCUGAAUUAAUAAUGAAACUUGUUUCGAAUAAAUCUAAUUUUUGCUCUGACUAAUUCCUUAAAGAAUUGGAGUAAGUUCUUUAAGGGCUUAAUCAUCUUCUUUAAGAAUAUAAUUUCAAAAUUAUUCAUACAGAAAAUAAAAAAGCUAUUGAUUUUUCAAAAAUUAGUGAAGAAAAGUUAAAUUAAAUAGAAGACUAUGUUAAGCAUUAAAUACUUUUAACAAAUCAGUUUUUGUAUGAAAAUGAAAAAAUAUAAAAUGAAAAUUUUGAAAAAGAUAGUCAAUUAGAAAUAGGUCUAAUAAGCAACUCAAAUUUAGUAUAAUAAAAUAAAGGGUUAUUUGACCGUUCUUCAACCAUUAAUAAAAAAUUAAAAGGAGACUAAUUUAAGGUAAGUAAAGACAAUAUGAUAGAAUUAAGAGUUUGCUUAAAAGAUUAGAUUUUAGAAGUAGUAGACUAUCCUAAUUAUUAGUAUAAGCUAGGAUUAGAUGAUACAUAUAAAGAAAAUCUUACAAAAAUUGAGGAUUUAAAAUUUUACCUUGGUUUAAAAGAUUCGGGAAUUAAAAUAGUUUUGAAAGAAGCAUAAAUAGUGAAUGAAUUUAAAAAUUGA